AUCUCCAACAACAAUGAAGCUCGCUCAUCUGAGUCUGGCGAAACACGUGACCAUGAAGCUGGCCCUGCUGCUGUUAUUGAUGUUAUCAACCAGCGCUUUCCCAACAGCAGAGGACACGGAGGAGCCAAACCUCACCCCAUCAGAGAGUCGCUCAGCUUUCGCCGGCCCAGAUGAAGUACAGCUUAUCGCUAAUGGCCUCCUGCAGCUAGGUAAAAACCUGAGGGACUUUGUGCAAAAGACAAAGGGCCAGAUCAGCAACAUCUUGCAAAAGCUCAACAUUUUUGAUAAGUCCUUCAAUCAGCUUUCUUUGCUGGCAAGCGAGAUCAAAGAGGAAGAAGAGGAACUGAAGAAGACCACUGUGGUGCUCAAAGCCAAUAACGAGGAGAUCAAGAGCCUGUCUCUGGAGAUAAACUCCAAAGUAGAGGACAUCAUGAAGGAAAGGAUGCAGCUCUGGAACCAGGUUGGAGGGCUUGAGGAGAAACUCGGUGGACUUUCUCAAGGUCUUCUCUCAGCAGAUCAGAUCGCAGAAAUUUCAGCACUCAAAGAAGUGAUCCAAACCCAAGAAAGGAGCAUCUCAGACUUGCUGAAGGUGGUGAAAGAGCAAAGCGAGCACUUGAACAACCAAAAAAACAAGAUUAAAAGUCUGGAGAAUAAGCUCAGCUCAGCAGGAGUUCAGGAGACUUUGUCUAAGUUCAGCUGGGAUGCAGAAGCCUACAGCGUGUCAGAAUAUUUGUCCAACUUUUCCAUCGAUGGGAGCUUUUCAAGUGAUUUCCCCAGAGACUGUGGUGAGGUCUUCAACGGUGGAGAGAAAACCAGUGGCCUGUAUCCCAUUAAGCCAAACGGAUCCCAACCAUUUCUUGCGCUCUGCGAAUUCACAGAAGAGGGAGUGUUUACAAUCAUACAGCGCAGACAAGAUGGCUUGGUCGAUUUUAACCAGUCCUGGCAGAGUUAUGAGAAUGGAUUCGGAGACUUCAGGAGUGAGUUCUGGCUUGGUCUGAGGAAGAUCUUCUCCAUCACCCAGCAGGGCAGUGCUCUCCUGCGCGUUCAGACGGAGGGCUGGAAACAGGAAAUUCAUAUGACGGAGUUCCAGUACGUGCUGGAGGGCCCUGACUCCAACUACACCAUCCACCUCAGAACAGGAGAUCUGCCCUCGGAUACGGACGUCCCGACAGGACUGAGGUUCUCCACAGGAGACCACAAUGAUGGAAACAUACUGAAAGACCCAAAGUGUGCUCAUGAUUAUACAGGAGGCUGGUGGUUCAGCGCUUGUGGAGAUGUCAACCUGAAUGGAAAAUGCAUCGAGAGCCAGCCUCGCAGGAAAGCCAUCCAAGGGAAGCCCGAUAAAGGACACUUCAAAUCCACACGGAUAUCCAUUCGUCACCAUCGGGAAGCGUAGAACCCGAAAGAAAUGGAGUAGCAACAUGCAAAUAUGUGUUCAGACGUUUUAACCACAUGAAAGCUGACUCCACGGUGCAUCAGGAUUGAGCAACGUGUUGUCUGUUACACAACAAAGGUCCAACAUCUGAUUUGUUUCUGAUGAAACACAACACAGGUCAUGUGUUCUUUUAAUCCUUAACGGCUCUGCAUUUAAUUGGACGUACCAAACACACACACACACACACACACACACAUACACUAGUGUGAUUAGUCACCAUUAUUUCUUUUGUUAUCCUAAUUAGCUUUUUCCAGAGGGAAAAAUCCUGACUCUAACCUUUCUCUAACGAUAAAACACAGAUUUUGCUGAUUAAGGUGAAUUUUGUUUAGUCUUUCGCUGUCGAGUUAAGUUAAGCUGCAUCAUUUUGGACGUUUUGAUUAUGUUAUUUUGCUGCACAUGUGGUUUGCAUGGCAUGUUUUACAUUUCAUGAAUCAGAAGAUUU